AUGGCUAGCCACACUGCUGCGCCUUAUGAGACAGACCAUGGAGAUGAGGAUGAAUACCUCCAUGAGAGCUACGCAGUGAACAGAAACAGACACUUAGAAGAGUUGCACCGUCUUUCGUCAUUCCAGCAGGUGACCACAAAGGUACCGCCGUCGUGUGAUGGGCGAAGUAGUUGGUUUGCCUCUGAAGAUGCAAUCGAUGACUGGCGCGAUAUCACAGAGCUAGAGGGAGCCAAAGAAGGACCUGCCCUGCGAAACCGUCUAGAAGGUGAAGCAGCAAUUCACAAGAGGCUUCUGAGAGGAGCGGCCAAUGUUUUCCUGUACCGCUUCCAGCAGUUCAUGAACUUGCACCGUGGCAGUGGCGACAUGCUUCGUUGGAUUACCAGGUUUCAACUCUCUCUGAACAGAAUGCAAGAAGCUUGGAACGACACUUACAUUCCCAUCAUGGACGUGAACAACGCAGAGGUCAGGGCCUAUGUUAUGUCUCUUCCCCAAGAAGAACAACAAACAAUCACUCCCGAGGAGGUGAAUUUGGUGGCACUUGUUUUUGUGUCCCUUUCGGACCUGACGCAGGAUCAGAGACAGGUGUUGACUUCCCUGAUGGCCCAUCGAAACAGAGUUUUGGCAGAUUACGGCCUUGGGGAACUACGUGAAGUUUACCUCGAAAUCUUUUGUACCACAAAGACUUCCGUCGACAAUCCUCUCCUCGCCCCUUCCGGACAUGGUGGCAGAAAAACCUUCUUGGUACUCGACGAGGGCUACCUGGACAAUAGCGAAGGAUAUUGGGUCGAGGACGAGGAUGAUGGCACUGAAGGUUUCCUCGAAGCAGAUGAGGAUGCUUUCUGGGUCUACGACGAUGCGAGCUAUUCGUGGUUCCAGAGACGUUUCCAAGGAAGUCCAAGGAAGACGAAUGAAGAGAGGAGCAAAGGGCCGAAGAAAAGGCAAGAGCAAGGCUCUACCGGCCGUCGCUUCUUCAAGAAAAAGAAAGGCCCGGACAAAUCUCAUUUUGCCGAUGAUCAAUCCCAAUCCGAUGCUUGGCAGAGGCUUCCGCGCAGAACCUCACUCUGUGACAACAAUCCCUACUGUGGCAUCUGGUACAAGAUCGCUGAGACGACGUCCCAGUUUGCCUUUGCCAAUUCUGAAUCGACAAAGUGCUCCGAGAAGUUGUCCACAGAGUUUGACAUUGUGGAGCAAGGCACAGUGCCCAUACUGAUGUCCUUGCCACAGACGCGCAAUCGAUUCCAGAUCAGUCUUUCUCCAGAGCAGGCAUGGCUGAGCAGCUCCGUUCUGGGAGUCAAGAAUGCGAAGCUACGAGUUGCACCAAGCUCACAUCUUGUUCUUGAUCUACUUGAUCUAUGCCGUCUCAUGUGGAAUGCGCGGUUCGCGCCCAAGGGCAAAGUCAGCUUUCUCACCUGCUUCUCGCACUGCGAGUAUGGCUUCCACCAGACAGCAACAGGAGGCUUUUCUUCACUGGGACACGCGUAUGCGAUGGAUGAUGAGUGGGUGACAGACGAGUCAAAGAUGGAACUUGCACGAAUCCGCAAGAAGAUGAGGAAGGAGAAGUACGUUCCGAAGACGAGUACCUCACCCAUACCAGGAAGAGUGGAGCCAAGAGCUAAGGGAAGCGGUUCGUCAGAAUCGGUACCCAAGGUAGGCUCCCAUUCUGCUCCGGCGGAUGAUCCAGAUCUUCAAGAUUAUGAGCCUUCCGAGCCGGAGGCUCAGAAGAAUCUUCCUGAACAGCCAAGAGAGGUGUCAAGGGCCUCUCUGCAAUACAAGCGAAUGUUGGAAAAGUUGAACAACGAUGUUGAGUUGUACAAAUUGCAUGUGAAGCAUUACCACAUGAGUUCAGCUCAGUUUCGUCGCAGGACCAGCAUGCUUGGUUUAGGAGAGAUCUACGACAAGUACGACCGCAUUGUCAAAGGUUGCCGGAUUUGUAACACCUCCGCGCCUACGCCUCCGCGAGCCAGAAUCGCAGGGCUUCGAGCUUCAUCUUUUGGAGACCUCAUUUUUGUUGACCAUGAGGAAAUCAAAUUUGGCAAUAGUGCUUAUCUUGCCUUGGUCGUUAUUGAUGGUGCUUCGAAUCUUCUGUGGGCUACGGCCUUGAAAAGUUUGGAAGCGACCGAAACCCUAGGAGCUUUUAGGCUUUGGACCGAAGAGAACAACUGCAUUCCGAAGGGAAUUGUUGGUGAUCAAGCCUUCUUUACCGAGCCCUACAUGGAAUACUACAAGUUUCAUGGCAUUACUCCUUAUCCAUGUGGACGUGGCACUCCUUGGCCGCGUGCUGAGACAGCUGCUUUGGCAGACGAAGGUUAUGCUGAAAAGGUCACUGUUCGUCAAGCAGUCAAGAGGGUGGCUUGGGCAAGAAACUGCCAACUUACUGUCUCAGGCUAUUCUCCUUUGGAAAUAGCCACUGGUAGACGACCACCUGACUUGUUUGAUGUGGAGACGAGUACUCCAGAGCAGUUGACCGCAGAGCCUUCAGAAGAAGAUAGGACCACAUUGGAGCUUUAA